CUCCUUCCUUCCGGUUCCUGGAACUGCCAGCGCGAAGUGAUCCGGACCCAGCUAGGCCGGAACCAUGACUACCCUGGAUGAUAAGCUCUUGGGAGAAAAGUUGCAGUACUACUACAGCAGUAGUGAGGAUGAGGACAGUGACCGUGAGGACCAGGAUGGGGGAAGAGGUGCUCUGGCUAGCGGUUCAAUGCCCGCAGAGGCUGAGCUGGCAGGCGAAGGCAUCUCAGUUAAUACAGGUCCAAAAGGUGUGAUUAAUGACUGGCGCCGUUUCAAGCAGUUGGAAACAGAGCAAAGGGAAGAGCAAUGCCGGGAGAUGGAAAGGCUGAUAAAGAAGUUGUCAAUGACUUGUCGGUCCCAUCUGGAUGAAGAAGAGGAGCAACAGAAGCAGAAGGACCUCCAGGAAAAGAUCAGCGGGAAGAUGACGCUGAAGGAGUUUGCCAUGAUGAGUGAGGACCAAGAUGAUGAAGAGUUUCUAGAGCAGUAUCGGAAGCAGAGAAUGGAAGAGAUGCGGCAGCAACUUCACAAAGGGCCCCAGUUCAAGCAGGUCUUUGAGAUCCUCACUGGAGAAGAGUUUUUAGACAUGAUUGAUAAAGAACAGAAAAACACCCUCAUCAUGGUCCAUAUUUAUGAGGAUGGCAUCCUGGGGACGGAAGCCAUGAACGGGUGCAUGAUCUGCCUUGCUGCAGAGUACCCAGCUGUCAAAUUCUGCCGAGUUAAGAGCUCGGUUAUUGGGGCCAGCAGUCGGUUCACCAGAAAUGCCCUCCCUGCCUUGCUGAUCUAUAAGGGGGGUGAAUUGAUUGGUAACUUUGUUCGUGUCACAGACCAGCUGGGGGAAGAUUUCUUUGCUGUGGACCUUGAAGCUUUUUUACAGGAAUUUGGAUUACUCCCAGAAAAGGAAGUCUUGGUGCUGACAUCUGUGCGCAGCUCUGCCACCUGUCACAGUGAGGAUAGUGAUCUGGAAAUAGACUGAAGUAAUAGCCUAACUGCAUACAUCUCUCAUUGUUUGGGUUGGAAAAUUCAUGUCUGGGUGUUUAUUUUGGUGGUUCUAUCUUCUGGCUUUUUGGAUGUUCUUUGUAGUCUGUUUUAUUCUGUGUAAAGUCACGAAAUUCUUAGAUUAAAUCA